UCCGCUUUGAAUCGAUCUGCAACCUACAGUUUUCAUCCUCCUAAUGGCCAGUCACGAUUUCCUGAAACAUCGCCAUCUUUUUCUAAGCCACACUUAACACAGCCAACGUCGCAACAUUCACCUAGGAAAUUACAACAAGCACCGAAACUCGCACCGCCUGUAGAUAUCGUUUCCGGCUGGGGUAGUGGCCGGCGACGACGCCCCAAUCCUAAUGAAUGGGCCCAACCUCCACGAAUCAGCCCAGCUUCUCGUCACCGACGACAUCAUUCACAGCUAGAACUCGGAGCAUCAAAACCAUAUUCUGGACAUGAAUCCCACGCCAUCCCGGGAACACCUUCUCUUAGACCAUCAAACGAAUACCCAACAUCCACACAGUAUAACGGCUACACAAGGCCACCAACCGACUCACAGGAAUCAUCAAUGGAACAGGAUGCCAUCGAAACCCUUCUCUUCAUGUCUAGCCCGGAAAAUUCCGGCUACCGCUCCAACACACGACAACGACACAACACAAUAUCAAACUGCAUCAACAGCUCCAUGGGAAGCGGCUCGAGCUCUACUAGCAAUCCAAACCCAUGCCUUAACCGUCACAUGAAUACGCAUUACAACACUGGCCCAUCUGCAUUAGAACCGCAUGAUCAACCCCGGCAUAGCGGCCUGGAAGCACACGCCGGAGAUGAGAUCGAUCGCAUGCUCGACCAGAUGGGAGACAGCGAUAGCGAAGAUGAAAAGAGAUCUGCAUCUGCUUAUCCGAGAAGUCACACCGUAGCAGGUCAUCCGCGAAGGCGUAAUGGCUUGUCUAGGUCAUGA